AUGUAGUCCGGUAAAUAGGUGUUUCGGACGAAAAUAAUAGCGAAUGAAUAUAAGUACACGUGGGUUUUGGUAAUUAAUUCCGUAAAAGAAGAAGUAUAUGCUGCAAGUAAAUAUUGGAUAAAGUGACGAGGACAUUUGUAAAAGUUAUAGGAAUCAUCUGCCAAUGAGAUACCGUUCGUUCGCCAUUAUUUUUAAUCUGAGUGGAGGACAGUAAUGAACUUGUUAACAACAAAAAUAUUCGUAGCAGUGCUGUUUUUCUUUGUUCGGUUUUUCUUUUCGAUUUUACCAGUGAAAUUAUAUAACUUUCUGAAAAAGUGGGAAGACGAGGAUGACUCUUCAGGACAGUUUGUCAAUCAGAAAAGACAUCGCCAAGUGACACUAGCGAUUGCUUUUUGCCAGUCGUUUGGAGGAGGAGUUUUGUUUGCCACGUGUUUCUUGCAUAUGAUGCUGGAGGUGUACAAGUCUAUGGAGGAAUUGAAGGCCGUCGGAGACCUAAACACAGAAUAUCCUCUAUCACAGCUAGCAAUUUGUGUAGGAUUCUUCUUCGUUUAUUUCCUUGAAGAAAUCUCACAUUGGGCCAUAUCCAGAAUCCCAGACAAAGGAUGUCAAGCUUCAAAUAAGAAAAUCAAUAACUUCACCAGAUCUGCAGUAACACCAAUCAAUGAGUCUGUCAGAAAUUCGCCAGUUAAAGCUUUCGUUAUAGAAGAGCAGUACGAAAAAGAACUAAGUAAAGAAGAUAAUGAAAGUAAACCCGUGGAGGAAGAUGAAGAUAGUAUAAAGAAGCUAAAGCAAGGCUUAAGUAUUGAUGAGGACCACGAAAAUAUAGUAUACGAUACGUUAAGUUUAAAUUCAGAGGUAACACGACAAAACGAAAAGAACGCACAGCUUAGCAAGGAAUACGACGAAAAUUAUGACGAAACAACUGAAGAAAAAAUAGAAGAAGAAAUCAAGUCUAAACAGCAGAUCAUGCGUGGUAUACUCACUGUAGUGGCUUUAUCGUUUCAUGCAGUGUUCGAAGGUUUGGCCAUAGGUCUCCAGAAAGCUACUGGUGACAUAUGGUACCUCUUCAUAGCAGUUUGCAUCCAUUCAGCCACCAUCUUGUUUUGCAUAAGCUUGGAAAUGGUAAUAGCUAAAGUUAACUUUAAGGCAAUAUGCAUGCAUUCAAUUGGUUUAGCGAUUUCUAACCCUUUGGGGGUAGUUCUAGGAAUCAUUGUGACUUAUACUAGUGACACUGAGACUAAGGCUAAAUCAACAGCAAUAGUAGCGUUGGAAGGACUAUCAGCAGGCACAAUUUUAUACAUUACGUUCUUCGAAGUGCUGAAUCGAGAAAAAGAAAGGAGGGUUUAUAGAAUCACAAGGGCUAUUUGCAUUCUUGGGGGUUUUGGACUUAUGGCUGUUUUGCAAUGGUAUCGUUAGGUGUAGU